UCUCUGAGUAGCAGGCGUCGGGGGAGAAGGUUCUGGGAGAAGCAGGCCUCCAAAUGCAGAGACGUGCUCAGACUCCUCUCUAGAAUCUCCUCUGUAAACAGCCACUGAAAAAAGGCUUCUAGAAAUUCCAGACUCGCUGGUGGAGCAGGCGGCCUCCUGCAUGACUUCAUGCUCAGGUUCAGCUGAUCCCCACCUCCCCCUGGGCACCAGAUAUACCUAUCACUUUUCCACCAACACCAGCACCAGCCUGCAGGGGGCCCAGGAGGAGGGGAGUGGCCUUGGUCUCCAAGGCUUGGUCACCCUUGAUGUGCUUGGUCCCUGCCAGAUGGCUUUACGGCUCCAACACUUCCAGGUGACAUCCAUCCUGGGGUCCAAGGUGGAAGUUCUGAAGGAGUCAGAGAGUUUGAGUGCCGCUCUGGGCCGCGUGCCGCUGCGCUUCGUCCUGCACGCAGGGCGCGUGGCACGCCUGUGUCCUGGCCACCCCGAGCCGCGCUGGGCGCUGAACGUGAAGCGCGCUGUGCUGAGCCUCCUGCAGGGUCGCCCGGGCACCUGCAGCCCCCAGACCGUCGAGGAGGUGGACAUCCUGGGCAGGUGUCCCACCACGUACCAGCAACGCGGAACCAGGCUGCACAAGACCAAGGACCUGGCGCGAUGCUCCCUGCGCAGGGUGCGCGCCUCUCUGCGCUCCCAGGCCCUGCCCGCCGCGGAGGAGGCCUUCCGCCUGACCUGCGUCCAGAGUUUCCAGGCCGGCGUGCUGGGGGAGGCGUCCUGCAUGGAGCUGGACACUGUGGGGCCCCUCUCCAGGGAGGCGAGUGCGGUGCAGAUGCGGACCCUUUCCUCGCUCACCCUGCUGUAUGAGAUGCCCCGGGACCCGGCUGUCGCAGCACUUCCCAUCUCAGAUCCAGAUGAUGGAGACUUAACCCCAAGCAGCCUGUUGUACGAAUGGGAGGAGACACCGUCCCAGGCUACGGUGGCCACGGUGGCUGCAUCAGUGAGGAAGCUGUGCCUGGCUCAGACCACAAGCUUCGAGGCCGCAGAGCUCUUCCUGACGCUGGUGUCUGAGCUCCGGGGCCUCUCUGCGGAUGAGCUCAUGGAACUCUGGGAACAUUCUUUUUUCAAAUGCCGAGACAACUGGCAACCGCUGGUGGAUGCCCUGCCCUCCUGUGGCACCAAGCCCUGCGUGAGCCUCAUGGCGGAGCUCAUUGUGUCCGGGGAGUUGGAGGCAGAUGAGACAGAGGCGUGGCUCUGGUCGCUGGCCUUUGUCCCGCAGCCCACAGAUGCCAUGGUCCACGCGCUGCUGCCACUGCUGCAGACCCCGGAGGCCAGCCCCAGCGCCUUCCUGGGCAUCUCAGCUCUGGUGCAUAACCUCUGUGUGUCUCUGGACGGGCCCUGCGGGCAGCUGCCUGGUGUUGGCUCCCUCAUGAGGAUCCUGGAAGACGCCUUGGGUGCCAACUGCACUUUCCAGGAGCCCUCGGAUGCUGAUCAGCUCCAGCUCGUGCUGAAGGCCAUUGGCAAUGCUGGCCUGGCGGCCGUAGCUCUCACCCCCAAGCUGAGCACUUGUGCGUCCCUGAGGAGCUGCCCCCCUGAGAUCCGGCUGGGGGCCAUCCAGGCCUUCCGGAGGGUUCCCUGCUCUGCAGACCGAUCCGUGCUCUCCAGCCUGUACCAAAGCCCCGAGGAGGACGCUGAGAUCCGCAUCAAUGCCUACCUGGCGCUGAUGAGGUGCCCGGGCGAGGAGGUGUUUGCCCAGGUGCGACGCACCCAGGCAGGAGAGCCGUCCACCCAGGUGGGCUCCUUUGUGUGGAGUCACCUCCUGCAGCUGCUGGAGACGGGCGACCCCCUGAAACGGGCCCUCCGGGAGGCCAUCCCUGAGGACAUUGUCAGCCAAGAGUUCCAUCCAGAGACCUGGAAACACUCGUCCUACUCUGACGUCACCUUCCGCUCAGCAUCGGGCAGCCUGGGAGCCAACCUGGAGGGGACACUUCUCUUCUCUCCGGCCUCCUUCCUUCCCCGUUCUGCCACAGCCAACCUGACUGUCCAUGCCCUUGGUCAUGCCUUCAACCUCCUAGAGCUGGGGCUCCGGCUGGAAAAUGCCGAGGAAAUGGCCCGCAGGCUAUUUGGCCCGAAGUCAUUCUGGGGGCAGGAAGAGGAGAGACAGGCCCAAGCAGAAAAGCCCCCAGAGCCAGGACCAGGACCUACACCGCAGCCGGCCCACCCCGCCUGUCCAGGAGAAAGGUCCAGAAAGAUGAGAGACCUGCAGCGGAAGGUGGCCCAGAGGCAUCGGGAGCGGCGGGCGCUGCAGUGUAAGCUGAGCAUGAAGGUGUCUGGGCACGAGCUGAGCUUUGUGAACUGCGGGGCGAUGGGGAGUCAUGUGACACGCCAGUCCCUGAACCUGGCCGAGCUUGCUGUCAAGCUCCUGAAGGGGCAGGAAGUGCAGCUGAACCGAAGGCUGAACCUGGCCAUGGAGGAGCUCACUUUUCCCACCAUGUCUGGACUCCUAGCCCGGCUGACCCUAAACGCCUCGGCUGCCAUCAGCAUCCAGGUCGGAGGGACAGCCAACUUCCAGCAGCGCUCGGAUUUCUCUGUGAAUGGUUAUGUCAAGCCCAGCGCCCUGCUCCAGAUCUCGGCGCAGAUGGGCACCGUGGGCACCCUGGGGCAGGCUGGGCUGAGGUGGGUGACCGGCGUCCGUGGCACCGCCAGCCUGGAUGGAGGGAUCCGGAUGAAGAAGGGCCAGGACCUCAAGGUGCAUCUGAACACACCCGAGGAGGCUGUGGAGCUGCUCCGCUUCAGCUCUCAGCUGUUUCUCAUCACUGGGGAUGGCAUGAGGAGGCUCAGUCACGCUCACAUCCCUUCUGAGGCCCAAUCCUGUACCGACAAGGAAGCGUCCCGCACUUGGGGCUGGCAGCUGUGCACUGAAGUGAGCUGGCCUCCAGCCGGGCAGCCCUACCUGCUCUUGGUGCCUGUGUUUGCGGCUGUGAUGCUGAAGAAGCAGGACCGGGGGCUCCAACACUAUCUGCUGGAAGCUGCCUAUACCCUCCAUCCCCCGAAGGACUCCUGGCUCCCUCAAGAAGCCUCAGCCCACAUCUUCAUGGGCACGCCCAGGUCGGAAGUGCCCAGGGACGUCGGGGUGGAUGUCAGCUACAGCUGGCCCCAGAGGAAGCUCCGGCUCAAGCUCGUCCAUCCCAAGAAGAAAAUUGAGUUGGACGGGAAGAUUGACACUCUGCAAAGUGCCUGCAUGGGUCACCUGGAACUGAUACUGGAUGACAGGGACGUCUACUACAUCAAGGGCCAGAGCAGCCUGUGGCCAGCAGCAGGUGGUGGGGCUCAGCGGAUGGAGGCCCAGCUGGAGGUGAAACUGGUGACGUCGGGCAGCCCUGUGGUCCUCGCCGGGAACCUCAGCCGGCAGGCAGGCAGCAGGCUGGCCUUCUCCAUGUCACUGAGCAACCUGCUGAGCGACCCGGCCCACGUGUCAGCACUGCUGGAGAAGAAGGCGGAGGAAGGGCAGCAGGUGGUGGCCCUGGGUGGCGAGCUCUUCGUGCCAGGGCUUGUGGGGCUGCGUACCCUAGGCCUGCUGCAGCAGCGGGGCCGCCUCUGGACAAGCUCCCUGAGGAUCAAGUAUGGCCUCCUGGGUCAGGCGAAGCAGCUGGCACAGGAGUGCAGCACCAGCCAGAAGCUGCGGGUGGAGAGCGGCUCAGAGGCCACGUACAAGCUGGAGCUGGACCACGAGCUCCACUGCACGCAGAUCCCAGCGUUCAGCCACAAGGUCCAGCUCCGGCAUGAGGAGGGCUCAGGCCACCUCCACUGGGAGCUGGAGGCGAGCUAUGGGACGCACUGGGAUGACAGCCGCAACAAGAGGCACCUCCGCAUCAGCCAGACCUUCCAGAACGACUCGGGCCCAGCGCUGAGCAAUUACUUCGUGGAGUUUGUGCUGCAGGUGCCUGCGAGGCAGGUGGAUUACCAUACUCAGCUGCACCACUUGAGCCUCCGCCAGCCCCACGUGGAGAGCAGCACGUACCUGAAGGUGCAGUACAAUGGGCGGGUGCCCUUUGUGGCAGGCUUGCAGUGGAAGGACACAUCCAGGGCCACCCUGUGGAAGUGGGAAGGAGCCUUGAACCUGGAUAGUCCAUGGCUGAUGGUCUCUGCGGCUCACAGGCUGUACUGGCCCCACCGAGCCAUGUUCCAGGCUGUUUUGGAGCUGACGCUGGGCAAGGCCUGGACCCUCAAGAAUCUGGUGAUGAACAUGGCCUGCAAGAUCCAGGGCCUCCACCGGGAGGGCAAGAUCCACGUCUACACCCCAGCUACCACCUACCUCCGGGUUUCCACAGUGACAGCCGUGGCACAGAGCAUCUUUCGCAGCUGGAGUGAAGUAGAAUCAGCCUGGAGUGCAGCAAUGCAGGGUGAGAUCCAGGCCGAGAACAGCCAGGACCGUAAGAUCCUUCACGGCUGGUUGAAAGGCCCCCAGCAGGAGUUGAAUUUAACGGUGGCCUACAGACAUACAGAGCAGCCAUGGAAGAGCCACGUGUUGCUGACGGCUCUGGGGGCCAGUGCCGGGGGCCAGCCUCAGGGCCUGCAGUUGGAGGGCGAACUGGAGGAGCUAAUGCAAGACAGGAGGUUGUACCAGAAGCAGGGGACUUUCUUCCUUAGGCACCCUUGGACUCUGCCCGUCCCGCAAAGCAUCCUCCUGCAGGAGACCUUCACGGCAGACAGGCAGCACCAGCGUUACUCCCUGGAGACGAGGGUUGUCCUGGAUGGCCAGGAGGAGACCCUGCAGACCGUAGUCCUGGGCUACCAGGCCGGGCACCUAUACGUCUGCGCGGGCCUGACCCACCCAUACAACGGCAAGGCCAUCCCCAGGAACGUGGAGGGGUGCGUGGUUACGUGGAACCGGCACAUCGCUAAGAACAAGGACGUCGAGGUCACUCUGAAAGUCAACCAGAAAGUCUUGCUGCACUUAAAGGGUCUGCACCAUGACCGAUCUCGGCGUGGGGAAGUCUGGCACAGUCUGGCCGUGGAUGUGGCUCACUCCUCCCAGCUGAGGUUCCCCCAGGCCCUGAGUUUGGAUGGGGACAUUGUCUUCAGGCGGAGUCACCAGGGAGCAUUUGACUGCGGUGUGGAUGCACGGGCUGCCAUCAACCACAACGUCAUGUCCCAGGUCUCAGUCCAGCUGAACGGGUCUGACUCCCACUUGGUGUUUUCCCUCCAGCUCAGACAUCCCCACAGACCAACAUUUCCUCCAAACUUACAGGUGCAGGCAGCUGCUGGGCGCUACAGAGAGCGCAGCCUCAACGGCUCCCUGUCUGUGCACGUGUCUGGUGAGGUGCUUGUUCUGCUGGAGGCCACCGCCAGCCAGGAUACCUGGAGGAGCAGCCGGGGCUGGGGCAUGGGCGUCCUCCUCCACCAGGAGGUCCUCAGAGGCCCCAGAGCUGUUCAGCUGCAGCUGUCCGGCAAGGUCGCCCCAGACAGGAUUUGGCUGUUUUCCAAGGCACUGCUAGACCACAACACAGUGCAGCUUUUUCUCAAGGCAUCUGAAGAGCAGAGGGGAGGCCAGGUCCUGACCCUGCAGAGCCGAGCCCAGCACACCUGGGCAGCCGUGCCCCGUCUUCUGACCCUCACAGGUGUGCUGAAGCAGAAGGAGACACUCACAGAAGGUACCAUCAAGGUCACUGCCGACUCAGCUGUGCUGGGAUUCCUCUUGCGGGACAAGCAUGAGAAGGCAGGGAACAGCACCAUUGUGCACAGUGUGACCUGCAUCCUUGGCCAGAAUGGCAGCCGGGCCUUGCCAGGAGAGCUCCAGCUGAGGGGGCGACUGCAGGCCCAGACGGGGAGCCUUGAGGGCCAGGCCAGCCUCCGUGCUGACACGGCCAGCCUAGCUCUGGGUGGAGUCUGCAUCUGGGGCCCUGGGCACGGCCAGCUCUCGGUCAGACUGAGUCACAACAUCAGCACCUUGAGUGAGGCAGGACUCCCGUCCCAGGCAGAGAUUCUCCUACUGCACAGCCACGUGGCUUCCAGCCUCUCAGUGCGUGUGACGCUGCGUGGUGCAGAGCGUCAGCUGGAUGCUGCCCUUGGCCUGGAGGGCCCGGUCACCAGCGCCCCGGGCAGCCGGCUCCGUGCCAGCCUUGGCCACACGGUGCCCGGCCUCAGGCGCUGGGGCCUCCCCUUCUCCGUGAACGGCCGCGGGCACUUGCAGCUUUGCUUCUCCCAGAGCGUGGGACCCAGUCUGGCGGUCGCGCUGGUGGUGAACGUGGAUGGCGAUCAGCUUCGUGUAGCCCUGGAGAGAAGCGGAGCCGGCGGCCACUGGGGGCUGGCCCUGGGGCUGCACCGUGGCCUCUCAAGGUUCCAGGUCAACUGCAGUGGAGACGCUUCGCCUGCCCAGCUGUCAGGGCUCUGCUGGGGGGACGUCACUGGGUGGCCUCAUGAGAAUCCAGCCGUGCUGAUCUUGAAUGGCUCCUUCCUGGUCCACGCCUUUGGGGCCAGCCUGGCGGCUCAGGUGUCUUCUGGGGGCACUUUCGCCCGGGCGCACGUCCACACAGCCUGCGGCCGCCAUGCCUACCUGGACACCAGCCUCCAGCACACAUGGCCUCCACUUCAGGCGCUGGGGGUGCCCCCCAACAACCACAUCCGAGUGUCCGUGGGGGGAGACGAACCCCCCAGGGCCCAGCUGGAGGUGGCCCUGGGCCCAUGCACCCUGACUGCCCAUGGGGACGUCAGGACAGAGGCCAACGCCACACGCAACUGGACCCUGGCCCUGGUGAAUCACUGCCCCCUGCUGGAGGCAACUGGAAUCCCGCAGGCCCUGCACUCCGAGGGCCGCCUGAGCUGGGGACCCUGUGAAUUCGACCUGGCUGCAGGCCUCCGCAGUGACCACGGAGACGCCCACCUGCAGCUGGCCCGCACCUGCGGGGCCCAGCCUUCUGCCCUGGGGCACCUGACCCACUCCGUGCCCCUUCUGAGUCGCCUGGGCCUGCCGCCCGGGAGCACCGUCAGCCUGACUGCUUGGCCCGGCCCUCCCACCAGCCGCGGCUCCCUGGCCCUCCAGAUGGGGCCGUGCCAGCUGCGGGGUGCGCUGGAGCAGCAAGCUGAGAACCAAAGCACGUGGACACUGGCCACUGAGCCGGGCUGCCCGCUGCUGGAGGGCCUGGGCCUCCCAGCAGGGAUGCAGCUCAGCGGCUCUCUGCAGGCCUCAGGUAGGGAAGCAGAAGCUUCAGGGGUCCUCGCAGCGGCCGGCCAGACUGCCUCCCUGACCUUGGCGGUGGCCCUGCACCCAUCCGAGGCCACACUUCGAGCGAAGAUGAGGCACACGCUGCCUUCACUGCACUCCAUUCCCCCAGAGACCUCGCUGACCGUCCAGCUGGGGUGGGAGGCCGGGCACCAGCUGGGCCUGGAGCUGCACGCUGGGGCCUGCGAGCUUUGGGGCAGCGGCGAGCUGCAGCUGGACCCCUGGCUGCAAUGGCGGGUGCUGUCCGAGAGCUCCUGCGAGGCCCUGCAGGCCCUGGGGGUCCCGGGCCGAGUGGAUGGCUCUGGCUACAUCAUGGUGAACUCCAUGGCCGUGGACGCCCAGGUGCUGGUCAUCGUGGAUGCCAACACACUACGGGGGCUGCUCGUCCUCAAUACCACCGAGACCCAGCAGGAGGUGAACUUGCUGCUCACACACAACCUGCCUCAGCCCUUGGCCCUCCCAGCCCGGGUCCUGCUGGACCUGACCGCCGAGAGGCUCGGGCCCAGCUACAGACACACCCUGCGGGUUGGAGUGGAUGGCAGACAGGUGUCUGAGGAGCUGACCUUCACUAGGUGGCCGGAGCACAUCUCCCUAGACUGCACGUUCCAGCACAACAUCCCCACGCUGCAGACGCUGUGGGUGGAGGACAAGCUGGGCCUGCAGGUCUCCGUGGACGUUCACGACAGUGACUCUGGCUUUGAGAAUUCGGGACGCGUCUCGGCAGGGGCCACGUCUCUGAACUACUCCGUGAGCUGCCGUCACCGCGAUGGGCGCCUGGAGCUUUCUGGCUGGAGUGAGCACGACAGCCAGGCCCUGUGGCAGGCAGGGUUCCCGGCAGAGGCCCGCAUCAGCGCCGAGCUGCAGACACGCGAGACCCAGACCCAGGCCCAUGUGGUCCUCCGAGGUGGGGAUGGUGGGAUCAGCGUGGACGUGGCAGCCCUGGUGGCCUGGCCGAUGAACGGCCCUCUGGAGCUGGUGGUGAAUGUCAGCCACACGGCACCCGCUCUCCGGAGGCUGGGCCUGCCCUUCGCCAGCCAGCUCAUGUUCUGGGAGCUCUGGGCAGAGGAGGAGAUGAGUUCUUCCCUGCAGCUGACCUGUGAUUCUCAAGCCUGCCUGGUCUUCAACGUCCGUGGCCAGAACCGGGCGCUCAGCAAGGAGCUGCGGCUCUCAGGCCGGCAUCACCUCCCCAUCCUCCUAGGCUGCUGCCCCAGCAGAGCCUCAGCCUCAGCCAAGCUGCGAUACCCUGAGGGUGGAGCCGAGAGCACCUUUGCCUUGACGGUGGAGGAGCAUCAUUUCCACGUGGGCUCCAGGCUGGUGGCUGCUAAGGACAGUCUCACCAACAUCGUCACGCUGGAACAGACCUUCCCCCAGCUCCACACCCUUCCUGGGGUGCUGGUCCUGCAGACCUCAUACGAGCGAGCCCGUGGCACCCGUGUCCUGCACCACAUGGUGCUGUGGGACGGCCAGGAGAUGGCCAUCAACGGGAGCCUCUCCGGGCCCUUCCUCAAGCCCACCAGGACCCUCAACCUGCAGGUGGAGCUCACCCACCCGCUGCCGCUCCCCCUGCCUCGGCACUGCAGCCUCCGCCUGGCCUCCGAGCAUUCGCGACGCGGCCACCACGAUGACCUGGUUGUGGGCUGGGAUGGCAAAGACCAGGUGGUGCUGUCCUCCUCUCUUCGGCUGGGGAAGGGCAAGCUGGCCGCCCACGUGGCCCUGGCUCACCCCUUUAGCCUCUCCUGGCAGCGGGCCGAGGCCAGAGGCCUUGCUGAGAGCAGGGGUGGCAGGCAGCGCCGGCAGGUACAGCUUGCCUGGAAUGGAGGGCAGCCUGCGACUUUGCAGCUCACCUGGGCCGACAGGUCCUUGGCGCACAGCACCUCCUGGGAUGGUUGCGUGGCCACCUCCCCGGGGCAGCUCCGGGACACCUGGGGCCUGGGCGCCCUCAGGGCCUGUGGGGCCUUAACACAGACCCCAGCAGUGUUCAGCGAGUGGCUCGAUCUGUCCUGGGAUGGACGCCGGGUGCAGCAGAACCUGACGUAUGAGAGGCACCAGCCGUCCCGCCCGGACAAGAUCCGUGCAGAGGCCACACUGGAGCGCGUCCUUACGGCCUCCUGCACCACGCAAAGUUUCCAGGGAGUCGUGGAGACUGACUAUGCCCACUGGCUGCGCCAUUCCCUGCAUCUGGGGCUCUGCCACCUGCCCAGGGCCCUCUCGGUCUCCGGGGAGCACACAUUGGGCAGCGGUGGGCUCCUGCUACUCUCCAAAUGCCAGCUGGGCCUCGCCCCAGACCCAGACCACAGCCUGCACCUCAGCCUGACCCUCCGCAACCACAGCAGGCCCCGGAUGCCUGACUUCUCCGGGGAGAUAGAGCUCCGCGGCCCCAAGGCUCAGCAGUUUGGCUUGCUGGGCCGGGUCUCCACCUCAGCUUCUCGAAGCUUGGUCCAGCUGGAGGGAAAUGUGGACGACGGGGACGAGAAAGUGAGACUGUUGGUGUCCCGGGCCCCGAACUGCUUCCAGGCCUCGGUGGCCCACGAGGAAGGGAGCCAAGAGGAGAGCGUGGUGCUGCGGGCGUGUGCCCACAGGCGGACUGCGGAGGUAGAGGCCCUGCUCCAGGACAGCGGGCAGCCCGUCCAGCCCCUGGGACGCCUGACCCUGCAGGCUGCCAACCAGAGCCUCCGCUUGGCUGCAUACGGCUGCCAGGGGACCCUGCUGGGCCACGUGGAGUCCAGGGUGGCCGCUCUUGGGUCCCAGGUGCAAGCCCGGCUGGAGGAGAAGAUCCAUGGCUUGGACGCCUACGUGAGACGGUUCCAGCGCCUGGUGCAGCCGGCGGGCGCCCUGGAUGGCGCGGCAGGCCCCCUUCUGCAGCUGUGCCAGGCGGGGCUGGGGGCCGUGAGGGAGAGUGGCCGGGCGGUGGCCGCGCUGUGGGACCAGAGCCGGGCCAGGCAGGGGCUGACACACCGUGUGCCGCUCUACCUGGAGAGGCUGCAGGCAGGGCUGGAGCAGCUGCGGGCUGAGCUGGAACAGCCCCUGGCCACGCUGAAGGACGCCUACUUGGAGGUGACAGUGCAGCCCCUGGACGAGGUGUGGCAGGAGCGGGCCGAGGAGGCCGUGCAGCGGCUGCAGGCCUGGGUGUCCGGGACGCCGGGGACCUGGGGGUCCGGGCCCAUCGCGGCAGCGCUGGAGGCCACGAGGGGCGCCCUGGAGCUGGCCACCCACCAGAUGCUGUCUUGGGCUGAAGCUGUGUUCUCACAGGCACUGAGGCGGCUCUGCAAACCCUUGUUGGACAUGUACAGCUUCUCAGCCAGGGACCACUCAGUGCUGGUGACACUGCCGAUGCUGCCUGCAGGGGACGAGCCCCUGGACGUGGCCCGGGUGACCAGCCACCUGGUGGAGGAGAAGCUGCUGCGGCCACUCGGAGAGCUGUAUGGGACCAGCGUGCUGGCCGAGUACCACCGGCUCAAACGCCGUCUGCUGGGGGCCCCCUCUGGAUACCACGCUGUGGUGGCCGGUGCCAGGCAUGUGGUGACCUUCGACGGCCAGGUGUGGGGCAUCAGUGCCGGCUGCGGCAGCCUGCUGCUGGCCAAGGACUUCGCUCACGACACAUUCUCGCUGACACUAAACCGGGCGGGCUCGGGGCUCACGUCCCUGACCGUGGAGUUGAACCACACCACCCUCGUCCUCUACCCCAGCCUGAAGACCUACAGGCUGUAUAACUCCUCCCUGCCUGCCGAGAGCUGUCUGGACCUGGAUCUGCCUCCUGCCAAGCCCAGGAGGGACCACGUCCCCAGGAUCGAGCUGACCAGUGAGGACGGUGUGUCUGCUGUCUGUGACCUCCACGCCAGCCUCUGCAGCCUGACCCUGAGCGUCUGGCAGCACGGCCUGUCCGCUGGCCUUCUGGGCACCAACGACAACGAGGCAGGCAAUGAGCUGAUGCUGCCGGACGGCACGGUGGCCAGCAGCCUGGAGGAGUUCACCCCCGCCUGGCAGGUGGGUGGUGACUGCAGGGCCGUGGAGAAGACUCGGCUGGCAUGCCCGGUACAGAGCCCCACCUGCCGGGCCUUCUUCCAGGACCCCCGCUCCAGCCUGGGGAACUGCUUCGGGGUGGUGGACCCCACACCCUUCCUCAGCCUAUGUGUCCAGGACACCUGUGGCACCCAGGAGCGCCAACCUGCCUGCAACCUGGCGGCCGCCUACAUCCACCUGUGUGCCCGGGGCUUCGUGCCCCUGGACCCUCCUCCACAGUGCGUUUGAGAUUUUGCCUGAGCCAGCACCAGGCUGCCAAAGAUUUCAGACUCCCUCUCCUUCUACCACAAUCCCAUCUCAUCAGCAAGGUCAAUAUUCCUGUCUGGGGCGGAACAAGCAGAAUGAAAUGCCAAGAAGCUCAGAGAAGACCAGGAAGGAUACAGAUCCAGGAAAGAAGGGCUGUUAGGCAUUGAUUUCAGAGUGCUUCUGGGGGCAGUAGAGCCCACACUGGUCUGGAUAAGGCUCCACCUCCCUCAACACCUGCCCUGUAAUUCCAGGAGGCAGCCUGGCCCGCUGGGCCCAGCUCUGGAGAGCGGACGCCACUCCAGCAACUGUUCUGCCUGAGAUAUUUAGUCACUCGCCGGCUGCUGUUUCGGAAGCCUCUGCUGUAUGAGCCAGGCUGCCCCGGGUCUCCUAGCUUGGGAUUGGCUUCCCCUGGCCUCUUCAGGGUCUCCCCUGAGGCAUGAGGUUCCUUGAGGGGAAACUGAUGGUCCCAAAUCCCUUAACCACAAGCCUGGUUGGGUGCUUCCCUCUUUGGGGUAGAGCCUGACUCUAAGACUGAAUGCUCCAGGGGGCCGGUUUCCACAGGCGUGUGCUCUGUGCACUCAGACCCCAAGAGUACAGCCCCAAAAGUCAUUCACUUUCUUUGGGGGGAGGCUUUUCCCUUGAGUUUUCAACUGAAAAAAUAAA